AUGUCAUCAACUAAGCCUAUAGAUACUCCUAGUGCUGUAAAUGCUCGUUUGUCAUCUGUGCUUUCACCACAGUCUGAAGCUGAGAAGGAGUACAUGUUUCAAGUUCCUUAUGCUAGUGCAGUGGGAAGUUUGAUGUAUGCUAUGGUCUGUACGAGGCUUGCUCUUGCUCAUACUAUUAGUGUUGUCAGCAGGUUCAUGGGUCAACCUGGGAAGGAGCAUUGGCAAGCCGUUCAAAGGAUUUUUCAUUACCUUAGAGGUACGUUUGAUGUUGGUCUCGUUUAUGGGAAUUUCACAGAGUGUUUGGUGACUGGUUAUUCUGAUUCUGACUAUGCUGGAGAUGUUGACAAUAGGAGGUCUAUGACUGGCUAUAUGUUCACUCUGGGUGGUUCUAUUGUUAGUUGGAAGGAAACCUUACAGCCUACAAUUACUUUGUCUACUACUGAAGCUGCUAAAGAGGGAAUAUGGCUAAGGGGGUUAGUUGGUGAUCUUGCCAAGGAUCAAGUUCAUCAUGAGAGAACUAAGCACAUAGAUGUAAGAUAUCACUUUUUAAGAGGUGAGCAGAGAGUUAAAGUGAUGAAAAUUGGUACUGCUGAUAAUCCUACUAAUAUGCUCACCAAACCGGACCCACAAGGCAUGAAGGAGAAGUUUGGAUACGUCUGGCAAUAUUGA